AUGAAGCCCAAACCAAAAUUUUUCCUUCAUCCACAGGAGACAAGACAGCCGGACGCUACUGAGAAAGCAAAGGCCAUGGAUCCCCAUCCAAUAAAAUUCAGCCAACCAAUCGAAAACUCCAAAAUGAUACACAAAAAGAUGAGGCGCCACAUUCUCUCCCUCCCAACCAGACUUACGUACCUUGCCGAGACAUCCCAAACCACGCCCGUAUCCACCGCGCCAGUUGAGUAUGCGCCACCUGCACCAGACUCUUUCAAUUUCCACCAAGAAAUCUCUCGACUCCAAUCUCUCCGUUCAAAACUCGCACAUUCCAGAACACUCAACGACAAGCACUCAGUACUAAACGAUGAUUCACGGGUCAAACGGUUUUUUGAAACUGGAGGAGUUUCUAGGUUUUUGGAUUCAAUUCAUUUAACCUCUCGCGAGUUGUUUUUUCUCAAGUGUUUGGUUGCAGCUGGUCAAGAGCACGUGAUUAGUUUGGAGGGAAUUGAAUUGGUUGAGUGUGAAGCGGUGGAGUCUGUUAGAACUUCCGUUAAGAGCGCGCUUUAUAGUUUAGUGGAGAUUAUUGAGGGAUUUGGUUUGAGUGAUAAUGGUAAUAAAGGUUUAGAGAAGAUUAAUUAUGGUUUGAAUUUGAAUGAUGAGGAGAUUAAGGACUUGAAGAAGUUGUUGAAGAGUUUAAAAGAGGUUGAAGAAUUUUAUGAUUGUAUUGGAGGUAUCAUUGGGGCUGCUGAUUUGGGUAGAGGAUACGGAAUAAUGGUGCUGGAACUUCUUUUCCAGUCAACAUUCAAGGAGCAGACUACAAAUUGGUCCCAGCACAUAAAAGAAUCAAUGGAAUGCCAGUUUCUGGAAAUUCAUUCUCCUAGUGGACUUGACCUUUCAAAAAAUACAGAGUAUGCAUCUCAAGCAGCUCUGUGGGGAAUUGAGGGUUUGCCAGAUCUAGGAGAAAUUUAUCCUCUUGGUGGUUCUGCUGACCGGCUUGGUUUGGUUGACCCUGACACUGGCGAAUGCCUUCCUGCUGCAAUGCUUCCUUAUUGUGGACGGACUUUAUUGGAAGGUCUUAUAAGAGAUCUCCAGGCUAGAGAGUACUUGUACUUCAAGAUAUAUGGAAAACAGUGUGUUACCCCUGUUGCAAUCAUGACAAGUUCAGCUAAGAAUAACCACAAGCGUAUCACUUCUCUUUGUGAAAGACUGAGCUGGUUUGGAAGAGGUCGUUCCAGUUUCCAACUUUUUGAACAGCCUCUUGUUCCAGCUGUUAGUGCUGAAGACGGGCAGUGGGUGGUUACAAAACCAUUUGCACCUGUAUGCAAGCCGGGUGGACAUGGUGUGAUUUGGAAACUUGCUUAUGACAAAGGCAUCUUCAAGUGGUUUUAUGAUCAUGGAAGAAAAGGUGCUACUGUGCGACAAGUCAGUAAUGUUGUUGCUGCCACGGAUUUGACCCUUUUGGCACUGGCAGGGAUUGGUUUACGCCAAAGAAAGGUGGGGUCAGAUUUGACAAAACUGGGGUUUGCAUCAUGUAAGCGCAACUCAGGGGCUACCGAAGGAAUUAAUGUCCUUAUUGAAAAGAAGAAUCUUCAUGGGCAGUGGGCUUAUGGCUUGUCAUGUGUUGAAUACACCGAGUUUGAUAAGUUUGGAGUCACAAGUGGUCCUCGUCCAACUAAUGGUGUCUCUGGUGGUCGGCUGGAAUGCACAAUGCAAAAUAUUGCAGAUAAUUUCACUAACACUUAUGUAGCUAGAUGUUGUAAGGGCGUGGAAGAAAAGCUGGAUACCUUUAUUGUGUAUAAUGAGCGAAGAAAGGUUACUUCAUCUGCUAAAAAGAAAAGAAGACAUUCUGAUAAUUCCUUGCACCAGACUCCGGAUGGUUCACUCCUGGAUAUCUUACGAAAUGCCUAUGAUCUUCUUUCACAUUGUGACAUGGAGCUUCCUGAGAUUGAAGGUAACGAUAAAUAUGUUGACCAUGGACCACCAUUUCUCAUUUUUCUGCAUCCUGCUCUUGGCCCGCUUUGGGAGGUCACAAGACAAAAGUUUAAUGGUGGAUCCAUUUCUAAGGGGUCUGAGCUACAAAUUGAGGUCGCAGAGUUCUCAUGGAGAAAUGUUCGGCUUGAUGGAAGCUUGAUCAUUAUUGCUGAACAUGUUAUGGGCUCAACCAGGGUUGAUCCAAAUGGUGAACCAAUAUUACAGUAUGGGAACAGGUGUGGAAGAUGUAGACUGCAAGAUGUCAAAGUUGUGAACAAAGGGAUUAACUGGAGUUUUGGAGACAAUGUAUACUGGAAGCAUGAUGUGCAGCGGUUUGAGGCAUUAAAGGUUAUUCUGCAUGGAAAUGCUGAAUUUGAGGCUGACAACGUUACCCUACAGUACACUCGCCUGGAAGCUGAUGGGCGCAGUACUGCAAAUUCUCAUCCAUCACUCAAUAUUGUGGCCAUAGAGAAUUCAGUUGUUGUCGAAGCAGGGAAUCAUACAUUUGAAAUACCAGAUGGCUACAAAAUGAAGAUAACAUCAGGAGGUUCAGGUUCCUAG